AUGUCAAGUCAGAAUUUUGAUAGUCCUGAAACUUCGAUUGUUUCGGGAUUGAAUAAUGAUAAUAUUUUUCUGCAAGUUAAUGGAGUUGUGAGUUUUUAUUCAUAUUUAAAAGUAUCAAGAUAUUCGAAAAACUGUUCCACGACCUCAAAACUAGCUCAUAUUUGUUCUAGGAAGAACAAGAAGACAAGAAGAAAGAUGAAAACAGUGGGGUAACAUUCGAAAGUAUUGUUGAAAGUGCAGAUGAUGAUCAUAUGGAUAGUGAUCAUCAACUUCAACUGAUCUUGGAUUGUAUUCUACCACCUAGGUAAUUUUUUAUUUGAAAAAUUAAAGUCACUUCAGAAAAUUUAUAUAUUUUUUUUUUUAGAGUUUAUAAAGAGAAUGGCAAAUUAUGGAAGCAACAAGCCUCUUUACACCCAGCAACACGGCUUGACAUGGUAAGAAAAAUGAAAAGACAUUUUCAUUUUAUUUCAUAUGUUUAUUUUUUUCAAAAAAAAAUGAGCUAAUGUAUACAUUUUUUCGACAUUAGUAGAAAAAAACAAGAUAAAAAAGUUUUUUCAGGUCAAUUUGGAAGAGAAAUUGGAAAUUGAGUUGAAGGAAAGAGGAGCAAAACCAUUUGGGAUUUGUCCAAUUCGACGCGAUUUAUAUAAUCAGUUUUUUGGUGAUUACAACAUAUGAAAAACCGGUUUGAAAAAAAAGUUGGGAUAAAACUAUGCAUUUUUAAUGUUCAAGUUUCAAGCGAUAAUUAAAAAUUGAACUUUUUGUUAAAACUUAAAGUGCAGUCUUUUGGAAAUUGGAAAAAAAUGUUUAUUUAACGUUUUUAACUUAUCUGAAAAUGAUGACAUGUUUUUUGAACUCAAAAUAAUCCAAAAUCUGUUCUUACCAAUUUAAAGUUCAAUUUUGCAGAUGAAUUAAUCAGACAAGUUAGCGUAUCUUGUGCUGAAAGAGGUUUACUCUUGGUUCGAGUUCGUGAUGAAGUCAGAAUGACAUUGAUGGCGUAUCAAACGUUGUUGGAAUCAGCAAUUGCCUAUGGUAAUUUUUUCAUUUUGUGACGAAAAUUAUGAUUUUUACUUUUUAGGAGUUCGGAAGGCUCUUUAUAUUGAAAAUGAGCAAUCUAGAGCUGCAACAGAAUGGAAACUUCAAAAAGAGAAAAAUAAAGAACUUAUUUUGAAGGUAAGAUUUUUGAACCCACAUAAAAUAAACAAGAUAUAUUUUCAGAUAGCUCAACUCGAAAAAAAGAUGGCAACAGAUAAGAUAGUGAGUGAAGAAGAAUUGGAAAUAGUGGAGCAACGAAUGAAAGACACAAACGAAAGAUUAGUUGAAGCCAAUCGAAUUUUGAAGGUAAUAAAUAUUCGCUGGGUGUCAGCUAGUUGAGAUAAAAUGAAAAUGAUGGCACAAAAAAAAUGAACACACAACAAUUAUUCUUUUCUUUUUUUUUACACUUGGUUGUUUUCAGAAUCAACUACAAUCUAUUUUACAAAUGGAUGAUAUGUCUCAUGUGAAAAUUGGAGAUGCAGUGAAUCAAUGA